GAAACACGCUUGCCACUUGGCCCAGGGCCACCAUCCCUGGCCACCGCCCGGAAAAUCCGGCGACAAGCGGACCAGGCAAUGGUGUAGGACCGAGAUGUAUAUGGGACUUGUGGUCAGUCUGGGGAAAGCUUUCUUCAUAUAAGUCUUUUACACUCGUGUUUAAGUCUUGCACGCGUAUUCCUUCUCAGCUGUGACACUAUGAAUUGCUACUGCAAAUAUGAUGUCUCCGCAAACCUGCUCACCAUAGUCACACCUGCCGUAGCCAUUUUUGAAACAGUUCUGCGUCCGCCAUCCGAUAAUUCCCAUUUCCUGGCGGAGUCUACCCCGGCUUUGUUUGCAGUCGAUACUCAUACAUGUUGCUUGAGCAUUGAGGCUCUGCUCAUGAUGUCAUCUUUUCUUGGCUGGCUAGGGACCUUCUCGUCUACCGGGCCCAUGACCAGGCUAAGUCAAUCUCGUGUCCUGGUUCCGUACUGUUGGCUCUGGGGGGGUAUCGGCCUCGCCCUGCUUUCUGCCUUACACGUGAUUUGAGGUAGGUUCAGCAGGAGUAUGUAUGUAGUGGGUUGUCAGAGGGAGAGAAAUUGGGACAGCAAGGAAUAACACAAGAUCUAUUUACUCGAAGUAUUAUAGGAAAAUGCAG